AGGCUUUCCGCUAGAUUUUGGCGUGUGACUGUUAGGGAUGUGCCCAUUCAGCCUCAAGAGUAUUAGUGAUGUCUAGUGAGGAGACUUAGCACACAGUCAUAUAUAUAUAUAUAUUCUUUCAAAUUCAUCCCAAAGGUGUUCAGUGAGGUUGAGGUCUGAGCUCUGUAGAGACCACUCAAAUUCUUGAGCUGGCUUUGUGCACAGGGGCAACAGGUUUGGGCCUCUUAGUUCCAGUGAAGGGAAAUUGUAAUGUUACAGCAUAAAGACAUUCUAUACAAUUGUGUGAAUCCAACGUUGUGGCAACAGUUUGGGGAAGAACCACAUAUGGAUGUGAUGUUCAGGUGUCCACAAACUUUUGGCCAUAUAGUGUACUUUUUUAAACUUGUAUCAGAACCGUUUCUGAAUAACUCUCUAAUAAGGAUAGAGUGAGAAUUAAUUUGGACCUAUAUUUCGGCAGGUUAUGGUGUCGCGACAUAGGCUUAGAAGUGAAGUCUAAAUAAUAAUAAUAAUAAUAAUAAUAAUAAUAAUAAUUUUAAAAACUGAUGCAUUUCAUUUAUGUGUUUAAUAUGUCAAAGAAACAGAUAUGUAUCCUCCCCAGUCUUUGGGCUUAUAUACUGUGUAGGCUGUAAGUGGACACAUAAGUAGCAAAACAACUCGGUCUACUAGUUCACUGUCUGCAGUGACCACCUGAAUGCAGCUGGAGAAAGAUUUAUUGCAUUCUUCCUUUCUUACUUUCUUUCAUGCUUUAUUGCUUUCUUUCUUGUUUGCAUGCAUGCUUGCUUUCUUGCUUCCAUGCUUGCAUGCAUGCAUUCUUGCCUUCUUUCUUGUUUUCUUGCUUAUUCAUCUUAUACCAAAGCAAUUUGCCAACAAUUCCAAUUUUUUCAAAUUUGUUAAUGAACGUGAUGUCAUGCUUUUAUCAGUUUAUCGUAUAACCAUAUAAAUAUUUACAUUUUAUAAUGUUGUGAAACGUCUCUGAGACAAAUUAGUUCCUGUCACACUGUAGCAACUAAAACAGUCAUUCUCUCAGCAGUCUUUUUCCCCUCUCGAAAGUUAAUAAUACAAAUUAUAUUUGCAUUACAACAUAUUACAUUUUCCAUUACAUAGUAUAGAUUACAUUUUAUCUCACGCUACCAUUAAUAAUACAAAUUAUAUUUGUAUUACAAUAUACUAUAUUUUACAUUAUGUAGUAUAUAUUACAUUAUCUCAUGUUACCAUUAAUAGUACAAAUUAUAUUUGUAUUACAAUAUACUAUAUUUUACAUUACAUAGUAUAUAAUACAUUUUAUCUCAUGUUACCAUACUAUGCAUGAGCAUCUGUAUUAUUAUACAUAUGCCAUAAAUUUUUGCUUAGGCUACACUGUGAUUUUAAAUAAAAAUGCAUUCCAAACCCUAAAGUAUAUUUCUGGAUAUACAGUCUGAAGUUAUGUAUUUGAUAAAUACACAUUACAUACGGUGUGCAAUACACAAGUGCUUUUUUUCCUGAGUGCCUUGUCUGUAUUAAUGUGGGACAACCAUUGUAAGUCAGAAUAUGAGUCAGAAAAGUCUUCAUUAUAAGUCUUCAUUAUUUCUGACAAACUUAGCUUGCAGAAUCGGUCAGCAAGUGGGUUUUAAUGCUUCACUUCAAUGGUGGGAACUUGCAGACUACCUUUGCACUGUUCGGAGCAAGACAGGCCUGAUACUAAAAAAAAAUAUACACAACGAAGAAUCGCUUGAACAUAUGCAUACUGGCCAGAGAAGCUAUUUCUGAAUUCAACAGGCCCACCACAUGCUCAAAAACAUCAAAGCCACUGAUGUUGUCAAAAGCAGAAGUGAGAAGUUUCAGGAAAACAAAAAAAGUGCAUUUUCCAAAGGUUCCCUCACUGAGUGUGAGGCCUGGCCUAACUGUAAUUUCUUUGUGUAGUGCCAAACAACUGGUUAUAACGUGUCAAUGCAGAAGUCUAAUCUGUCAGUGGGCCAUUAUGGAACAAUUACAGUUCAUAUAGUAUAUGACCUAUUGGCUUUUAUGGGCCCAGUUGCAUUUUGCUGACUUUCAGGGUUGAUGUGCUUUACACCUUCUAGGGCAUGCAAAAAACUUUUAGUGAAUCAACCUUUGUGCGAUGCUGUUUUGUUUUCUCUUCCAGCCACAUAGAUUUUUUUCCCCCAUGAAGCCCUUUACAGGUAAGGAUUCUCUAGUGUUGACUCUCUACUGGACUGAAGGGAAUCCAGAUGUGUGCAGCGCGGGCCUGUUGCUCUGGGACUUUUAGCAGGAGGUUGCUUUGUCUUGCAUCAGAUGACAUGUAACCCCAUUUCCCCAGAGAGAGCCCUCAUCACUGUGUGUAUGUAAGAGAGAAAGAGGAGAGCUCAAUGUGCAAUAUCCUUGUCACCUUUUCACUGAAAGAGGGAAGUCUUUUUUUUUUUUUUUUUUUUUUGCUAUAUUGUCUAUAUUGUCGUCUGUUUCAUUUAUAUUUAUAUUACAGUUUCUCCUCAUCUAUUUUAGUUGAGUAUAAAGAAUCAGGACAAAUUAAUUCAACAACCACCGAUCAUUUUUACUGAGGGUGUGAGCUAAUGUCCCACUGACAUUUCCAUCUUCCCACAAUCUUUCUAUAACAUGGUUUUCUAAGCCCUAUUUUCAGUUCCUUUUGUGUUGAAGAAUUUUUGUCUACAGUAUCCUUUCAAGAGAUGGAAUCCAUGUGUGACUGGAUCGAAACCUGGAUACUCAGUUGUCCUCUUGUUUGCUUGAUCUUCUCAUUUUCAGUUCUAACCCUACUAAUGACUUUUUUUCCUUCUUGAUCUGAUAUGACAUAUAUUAUUUUCCCAGAUGCAGUUUUUUAAAAAUCAGCUUGUGCAACAGGAGCUUGUUUUUGAAAGUGUGUGCAAAGAUACAGUGUAAUAAAAAAAAUUCCUAAAUAAAAACUAAUAAAUAAUAAUAAGCAACAGGUGAUGCUUCCUCUUUCUUCUCUAACACUAAUUUAUGUGUAAGAAUGAUUUAGGAAAAGAAAGUCUGGACCUUAUACAACUUUGUCAACCAGUAACAGCUUCUGCAUGUCUUCUCAGACAAAAGAGUGCAUCAGAGUGAAAUGAAGUGGUGCAUGAGUGAAGUCACUUUCAACCAAUGGUGUGGUCAGUGGGCGGAGCUAUGCUAAUUACUUUUAAAGCAGAUGCUAGUGUAUGAACAGCUGGAGGAUGAAGUGUACAGUAGUAAAGCACAGAGCUGAAGACACAGAGCUGCUGAUUGUCCUCUACUGUUCAACAUAUCAGCAUCAGAACCGUUCUCUGGAAAAGAACAUCAUGGGGAGAAAGAAAAUACAGAUCUCACGGAUUCUUGACCAACGAAACCGCCAGGUGACGUUCACCAAGCGUAAGUUUGGCCUAAUGAAAAAGGCCUACGAGCUGAGUGUGCUGUGUGACUGUGAAAUUGCUCUCAUCAUCUUCAAUAGCACCAAUCGUCUCUUCCAGUACGCCAGCACUGACAUGGACAAAGUGCUCCUCAAAUACACUGAGUACAGCGAGCCUCACGAGAGCCGCACCAACACUGACAUUCUGGAGACCUUACGUAGGAAAGGGCUGGGCCUGGAGGGAGCUGAGCUUGAUCAUGAGGACAGCAUGCAGACAGGCCAGGAGAAAUAUCUGCUGAAUGAGGGCAUGGAUCUCUCCAUCUCCAGGCAACGUUACUAUGCUCCCUCUAUCCUUCCUUCAGAGGCUCAGAUGCUAAUGGGUGUUGGCUGUGAGAAUGGUUACCCAUCGAACGCGAAUCUGGGAGCAAACAGACCUUCAUCCUUCAAACCUCUGAGCUCUAGGCCUGGAUCUGCCGGUCCUCCCGGAGCCAACACACACUCCGCACUCAUGGGCGCACACACAGGCUUCGGCUACUCAGUGUUUUCCCAUGGCAACCUGAGCAGAGCACUGGAUAUGAAGACUCCGCCUCCACUGAGUUUGACCAAUGAUGGACGGCGUGGGGAGGUCCAAGCGGGAGUGGGUGUAGCCCGCGGCAAUCUGACCAACGCGAGAGCGCUGUAUCAGAGCAUGCACUCUGGAGGCCACAUGAUGGCCAUGGGGAAACCCUGGAAUUAUGGGACUUCAGAGUUUUGCCACCCAGGAUACGCAGUGGGGUUUCAGCGCAGCUCUGCAAACACCUGGCAGCCUCUCACACAGCAGGAGCCGCAGCCAUCUGUGAUCCACACAGGGAUGUCCACAGGUGGAGGCUGUUCUUACUCUUCCCAAGGCUCCUCCCCCUCUUCUCCACCUCUCUCCUCCCUCAACCUGAACAUCAAAUCAGAGCGUGCCUCUCCUGAACACACGCUCUCCCCGGCCACACCUUCUUCCCAUCAUUCACCAGUGGGUGGUCCUGACGGGAUGAGCCGGCCACCUCCCGGGCCGUACGUGGACACGGACAGGGAGGAGAGUGAGCCCAGUUUGAAGCACAUGGAGGUCGGUGAUGGCUGGCAGAGAUAACGGCAAACACACAGCACUGUGUAAACAGCUGGUCUUUUAUUAUUUGGAAUGUCAAACUGUGCAAAACCAGCUAUGAUGAGAAAAAUACAUGUAUAGUACAUUGUUAACGUAACAGUGUUUCCAGUUUCCAUUCGGAAAGGCAACUUGAACCUGAUUGUUCCAAACAUGUUGUCUUUUGAUAUGAAAAAUUGAUCAAGACCAGGUAUGGACCAAUCUGUUCACUGGUUUAUAAGAAAUUACUGUAAAGUGGUGAGAGUUGCUUCAUAACAGAGCCCUAAAAUAUUACAGCAUUACAUUAAAUGUUCUCAGUAGCCAUUGUGUUGUUUUUUUUUUUGUUUUUUUUCCAUCCAUUUCUGAUUGAGGCUUUGAAUAAUUUGGAAAGGACGUCCCAGACUUUCUAAAGCCACUCUCGCCUGAUAUACCAAAAACUGUCAGGGACGCCUGUAAACAUUUUUUUAAUCAAUCUGUACUGCAGCUUAUGUACUGCAGCAUGUUAUAUAACAUUUAGUUGGUUUUUGGUUGAGUUUAUGUUUCUUUUAUUGGAUGGCCAAGAAAAUGUUAAAAAUCAUUUGAAAUAUGACAUCCAUUACACACCGGGAUCUACACAACAUUAUGAUAAAAUACAGGGCACAACGUUACAUGACUGUAGUCCAGAAAUGUCUCUUAAAUCUAUUUUCAUAUAAGUUUUUAAAAAGCACUGUACAUAUGUUUUGCAAAAAUUGACAUAAAUGUACCGAAAUUCAAUAUCCAGCUGUUUUAUAACUGCAUUGACCAAGGCUAUUUUAUUUUCUUUUAUCAUGAAAUUCUGUUUCUACUGUUUUGAGAAGUUAUACUUUGCAUAAUAAUAGUAGUUAUAAUAUUUUUUUUCCCUUAUUGCUCAUCUUGUACCAUUUAUAUGGAUUUACAGUAUAUAUGGAGCUGUUUCUGUCUAUGAAAGCUUAAGGACCAGAAUUUUCUUCCACUGUUCAGGCUGUUCACUGUAUUUUCCACAAGAGGGAAGCACAUAUCAGUCACCGAGCAUGUGGCUCAGCUUUUAACUCACGUCCUAGUGUGGACUGU